AUGGGAAAAUCACACGUUGGACUGAUACUCGCAGUGCUACUAGUGAUAGGAGUAUCAGAAUGUCGAAACAUUCAAAAAAAUGGUAGUGUUGGUCAUCUGGAUGGUGCUGGUGGUGAUCCUAGUGUUGGUGGAGGAGUAGGUGGAGAUCCUGGAGUUGGGUAUGGUGGUCCUGGUGGAGAAGGUUAUGGUUAUGGUGGCGGAAUUAUUGGUGGCGGUGGAAGUGCUGGUGGAGGAAUUGGUGGAGAUGGAGGGUAUGGUCCUGGUGGGGGAGGUGGAGGAGGAGGAGGUGAAGGGUAUGGUCCUGGUGGAGGUGGAGGUACUGGGUAUGGUCCUGGUGGAGGAGGGCCGUAUGGACCUGGUGGCGGAGCAGGAGGAGGGCCAUAUGGACCUGGUGGUGGAGAAGGGGGAGGGCCGCAUGGACCUGGUGGCGGAGCAGGAGGAGGAGGUGAAGGAGGAGGGCCGUAUGGACCUGGUGGCGGAGGAGGAGGAGGGCCGUAUGGACCUGGUGGUGGAGAAGGGGGAGGGCCGCAUGGACCUGGUGGCGGAGCAGGAGGAGGAGGUGGAGGAGGAGGGCCGUAUGGACCUGGUGGCGGAGAAGGGGGAGGGCCGCAUGGACCUGGUGGCGGAGCAGGAGGAGGAGGGCCGUAUGGACCUGGUGGCGGAGGAGGAGGAGGGCCAUAUGGACCUGGUGGCGGAGCAGGAGGAGGAGGGCCGCCGUAUGGACCUGGUGGUGGUAGCGGGUAUGGAGGUGGUCCAAGCGGAGGUUAUGGUGGUGGCUAUGGAGGUGGUCCGGGUGGAGGGUCUGGGGGUGGAUAUUGA